AGUAUUGCGAUUUUUCGAGCAAUACGGUCACUCUGCAACACACGUAACGAAAAGAAGAAGUACAAAGAAGAGAUUUACUGUGAAUAGAAAAAGCGUUAAAACAACGGGAUAAAGACAAACAUCCUUGUAGAGAUUGGCUUAAGAAAUCGAGGACAUGCUACCGCACCUUAGCAUCGACGAAGAAUUUCCGCCCGUGUCGCGGAAAUGGUACAUUAAUCCCAAUUUCCAGAUGACAGUGGCACGCAUGGCACUGCAAGGUCAAACGGCGUCGCAGCCUCCGCAACUGCAGGGAUUCCAGGGCAUUCCGCAACAACCCCCGCCUGCCAUUCAUAUCAAUCCGUAUUUCCUACAGCGGCAGCGAGCCAUGUUCGAGGAGCAGCAGCAACUGGAGCAACUGAAGCAGCAGCAGCCCCAACAGGUUUCCGCUCCCUAUUUCCAAGCGAUUCCCGCCGUACUUCCUAUGACUCCUGUAACUCCCGCCCCUCCACCACCACCGCAGGCCAAGAUAAUAAGCAAAUCCAGUACCUGUUUGGUUCGAAAGCCUCCCGUGAAGUCCGUUAGUAAGCCUGUUGCUUCUGUUUCGGCUGUUCCUCCUCCUGUUGCUCGCCCUCUCGUCCAGCCGCCCUUGAUCAGUAUUUCAAAGCGUAAAUUAGUUCGUCAAGGAGCUGUCAAGGCUGCGCCCACAGCCAAGCCCCUACCGCCUGUCCCUCGAACUCCCCUGCCUGCAAAGCGCACCAGAUACAAGCUGGUCCGCACCAUUUCGCUCACUUUCACUCCCCUGUUAAAGAAACGUCGUCCUCUGAAAGAGUUCGUGGGCCAAUACGCCCUGAGGCGCACCAAUGAAUCCGGCUCACCGAAGAAGUUAAGCUCCAAGCCGCAGGUGCUUAAGCGUGGAGUCAACAAGUCCCUCAGCAUGGUCAGCAUACACGGAGUAAUGUACAAGAAGAUAUCCAAAAACAAGAUAACCAAGCUGGACGCCAACAGAACUGCUCCAAUGGCCAACUCCACGAGUCCCAGGACACUAAAGCGAACUCUAUCCGGGAGAACGCUGUUCGUUAGUGGCAACAAGUUCGUUCUCGAUCCUUCGGGCUGCCGUCUGACGAGAGUUUCACCCAAAUCGCCUACGGAAGUGACAGCAUCUGCUCCCAAACUGAGCAUAAAUCGGACUACUUUGCGUCGCAUUGAUAUUGGAGGUCUGACUUACGUAGCCUCGCCCAAGACACAGAACGUCUUUAUUCGCACCACGAACCACUUGUCGCGAGCUCACCUGAUUACCGCCCGACACCGUAGUCUCACACUGCUCAACAAGCCGUUGGCAAAGACCAACGUGCCUUGUGCCAUUUUCCAGAAGCUAGGAAAGUGCGCUGCCCACAGUCGCGGAAAGUGUCGCAAGUUGCAUGACAAGCGGCAAGUUGCCAUAUGUCCCAGAUUUCUGCGAGGCGAAUGCACCAAGACUGACUGCCUGCUCUCGCAUAAUGUGACGCUCGAGAAGAUGCCGGUUUGCCGGUAUUUCUUGCGCGGCGUUUGUGUUCGCGAAGACUGUCCCUACCUUCACAAGAAGCUGAGCCGCAAGACUGAGAUCUGUAUAGACUUUGUUCGCGGCUACUGUCCGCGCGCUGCCGAGUGCAAUAAGCGCCACGAGUUUGCCUGCCCAGAGUUGGAGCGCAAUGGCAAAUGUGAGCUCUCCGACUGCGUAUUCUGUCAGAAGAAGCCCAAACAGCGAUUGAUAAGACCUCGUUCGAAGGUGAUACCAAUACCGGAUGCACCUGCAGGGACUCCUAAAGAUUUCGACAUGGAGGUGGAUCAACCCACCAGUUCGCGGUACUUCAGGUGUGAUGAACCAAUAGCAAAGGGUGCUGAGGAGAAGAUUGACGAGUUGAAGGAUGAGAAAGAGGGGUCGGAAGAGCUACAAAGAGAUGAGGAAGAGGAGGAGGAAUCCUCAGAACCAACUAUCAGUAUACGUAAACGUCCCCAACUAGGUACUCUUCCCUCAUUCAUUCCCCUUGGCAGCGAAGAAGAACAGUAAACCAAUUUUAGACGACUUGGACCCAACGUUUCAGGUACAAAUUCAUUUGGUUAAGUAUCAAUAGAGAUUAAUUUAGUCUUUAAUUUAACUAAUUUAGCUCAAAGUUUUCAUACAAAUAAAGAUCAAUAUAUUUACAUAAAAACUUAUCUUUCAAAGGCUUGUCGGGGGUUAGAAGCAGAUACAUAUUUUUUUCAGUGCUACAGGUAAGAAAUCCAGGUGGCAACUCAGGUAGACCAUUGUGUGACCAGAUCGUGGCUCUUGUGGCGCCGUGAUGGUGCCACAUAGUUGUGGCUAUGUACCUGUUUUUGAAGCCGCUCUCUCGAUCGACCACGAUCCAUGAUCGAAUCUUGGCUGGCACAGUUGAGUUUUGCAUGCGGCGCGUUCAACAUCGAAUUGAGGUGGAAGAGCCCGACGCGAAUUCUGUUUCGUUGAAAGAGCAACAACAGUAACCACACGGUCAAUCCAACAACUGCCUGUGAUAAACCAAACCAGAAAAAAAUAAAAAGAAAAGAAGCCGCAACACCGUAUCCCAGAAAAAAAGAGAGUGGAGAACAAAGCCAGAUUCCCCAAUCUUCUCCAGCAGCCACAUUCCAUGCAGACGAAGACGCCCUAAUGAUCCUACUCUGGCACACAAAUGACGAA